AGAUGCCAAUUCGAACCAGGGGGGGACUUAAGUGGGAAUUCACAAUUGGAUAUGGAAAGGCUAAAUAUAAUUGUCGCUGUUUCUCAAAACGGUGGCAUUGGAAAAAAUAAUAAACUGCCUUGGAGGAUCCCAGAAGAUAUGGAUUUUUUUAAUCGAAUAUCCUCAACAGCUUCAGAAGGCAAGAAGAACAUCGCAAUUUUGGGGCGAUUAACUUGGCUCUCAAUUCCACCUAAGUUCCGGCCUCUUUCGAAUCGUAUCAAUAUGAUUGUUUCCUCACAACUUGACUCUGUUCCUGAAGGUGUUUACCUUGUAAAAUCUUUUGAAGAGUCUUUGAAGCUUUCCGAAAAUCUAAUUAAGGCUGGAGAAGCUGAUGAAGUCUUUGUUUGUGGUGGUCAUUUUAUAUACAAAGCAGCCUUGGAACAGAAGUCUUUCCCCGUUCGCCUCUACUGCACUCAUGUCAUGAAAGAUUUUGAUUGCGAUACCUUCUUUCCCACUAUAGAUUGGGAUGUUUUUAAACCUAUCGAAUUGGGUACCGUGGAUUCAAAUCCGAAACACUAUAAGGACAUCAAUUAUCGAUUUGCUGUUUACGAUAAAGUAGUUCAAUGA